AUGGACUGGCACAAGGGGGGAGCAGGCGCCGGCGAGGUGAGGAGGAUCAACGUGGUGUAUUUCUUGAGCCGCGGCGGCAGGACGGACCACCCGCACCUCUUCCGCGUCAGCCACCUCAACCGUGCCGGCGUCCGCCUCCGCGAUGUCAAGAGGUGGCUCUCGGAGCUGCGCGGCAAGGACAUGCCGGACAAUUUCUCGUGGUCUUACAAACGGAAGUACAAGGCCGGGUACGUGUGGCAGGACCUGAAGGACGACGACCUCAUCACGCCCGUCUCCGACAACGAGUACGUGCUUAAGGGCUGCGACGUCCGGGGAACACCUCCUCCCUGCGUCCAAGCGCCAAGGACUCCGUCUUUAGGUGACUCCAACGAUCAGAAUCGCCCCGUGGAGGUGGUGCUGACCCCAGACUCGGGCGAGAGCUCCCCGAAUCCGCCACCGCCGAUCGACCAGGAUUCGCCUGGUGGCGGCGAGCCCGCGAGCCGUACGGCGCCGUUCAAGACCGACCUGUCACAGGACCAUCACGAGCAAAAACAGCGGCGGGAGGAAGCAGCGAUCAAGAAGGCGGUCACCAAGGCGCCGGAGGAACAGCUGCAGGGAGCGGGCGGCAGGAGCCACGCGGUGGGCAAGCAGGCGCAGAGGAUGCGCGUGGCGCGGGCGUUCCACAACAUCCUGACGUGCGGCGCGGCCGACGCCGACGACGCAGCGCUCCUCCCCGUCGCGCGGCGUGGCGACGAGUGGCCGCCGACGCCGACGUGCCCCGGCAUGGAUGGCUGUGGCCUCCGCGUGGGCCGGAAGGCGAGGCUGCGGAGGGGCGGGAAAGACAAGCAGCAGGGCAAGCGAGAUGUUGGGAAGAAGCGAGACGGGGCCGACGCGCACAAGCCGGCUGCUCUCCCGCGAUGCUCGCAGUGCGGGAAGGAGUUCAAGCCGCAGCAGCUGCACUCGCACAUGCAGUCGUGCAGGGUAUUCAAGGAGCGGAUGCGGAGCAGCACCAGCGCCCGGGUCAGCGUCGACAGGGGCCGCAACUCCACCUCCCCCGCGAGGCCUGCUGCCGAGCACAGGCGCAGGCCCGGCCACUGCUCCCCGGAACGGCCGUCAUCUGCCUCCGCCGUGUUCCUCACGGAAUCCUGA